CGCCGGGGAGCCACCAUGGGCGCCGAGGAGGGGAGCGACCGCCACGGCCACGGCGGCCCGGCCCGAGCCCCGCCGCCUCCCUGACGGGGGAAGCCAGCGCGCGCGCGCGCCCGGGCCCCCGUCGACCACCAUGGCGGGCGAAGGGUGGGCCGCGCGCGUCACGCCCAGGGCCGCCCUGAGGGAAGGGCGGCGCCGGCCCCCCUCGCAAAAUGGCGGCGGCGGCGGCUGCGCCUCACUUCCGCGGGAAGCCCCGUGGGCGCCGGCCGGCUGGCGCCGCCCGCGGCGGGAAGUGAGGUUCUCCGACCUGCCGCCAGAGGUAUGCGGCGGCGGCGGCGGCGGAGACCCGUCCCCGCCGGGAACGCCAGCCCCGGCCGGAGAAGAGGAAGCGCGGGACGACAACGCCUCUUACCCACGGGCUCGUUGGCGGCGGCGACCUCGGGAAGCGGUGGCGAUGAAGACCAGGAGGUUUGCCCGGCUGCAGGAGCGGCGGCAGCGGCUGUCGCCGCCGACGACGAGGAGGCGAGCCUUGCAGGACUCGCAGUCCUCAGACGAGGAUGAACCAACUUCCCAGACUAUUAGGAGCCAUACAGUCUCAACAAGAUCUAUCAAGAGAACUCAAGGGGCAGCAGCAGUUGUUAGUGUGGGCUCUGAAAGUGUAGCUGAUUUGUGUCGACCACCUAUACGAAGUUCAGGAUCUGAAUACUCUUCAUUUGGGACAAAUGGAGAUACCAAAUUAAAUGAAACAGAAAAAAGAGAAAUGAAAAAAAGACAACGAAAAUUGGAAGCUGAAUAUGCUGGAGGUGUUAGAGUUCAGAAAGUUGACUUCUCUGAAGAAGGGGAAACUGGGGAGGAAGAAAACCAAGACAGUUCUGGAAGUGAGGGGACUUCUGCUAAACCCACAGAUGGGGAUUCUGCUUCACCAAGAGGUUUAGAUCCAGACUUCAGGCCACUCAGUAAAUUUCCAGACUCUUUCCGGAAGCCAGUACCAAACCAAGACUACAAACUUAACAAACAGUCUGAAACUUUCUGGGAACAAAGCCACGUUCCCCCAUCCACAACAAAACUUCAAGAAUGGUCUGAUCAGAAAACACAUUUACGGACCAGAUUACAAAUUUCCAAGAGUUUAAUGCAGGAACAUUUUUCAGAUGUAGAUGAUAGCCAUUACAAAUUAAAUGUUGGAAACAAGCUGACAGCACAUGUCAAGAAAGCAGAACCGACUGGACAGUCCAAGGAAAGAACCUCUGCUAAGAUAUGGCUUUGGGUUAUAGUAACAGCGGUGAUACUAGCGGCUUGCGUCCUAGGUCUCUGGUCCAGGUUUAUGCCCGACUCAUCACUGAGUGGAGAAAUCACGGCUGUGCAAAGAUUCCAGCUCCAGAUGAAACAACUUAUGAAUAAAUACCCAAGUCAGGAUGAAAAGUUGUGGAAGAGGAGUCAAAUAUUCCUUGAAAAACAUCUCAACAGCUCCCACCCUCGACUUCAGCCCGCCAUCUUGCUGCUCACUGCUGCCAGAGAUGCUGAAGAAGUGCUCAGGUGCCUGAGUGAGCGGAUUGCGGAUGCGUACUCUUCCUCCUUCAGCGUCAGCGCGAUCCGGAUCGACGGGGCUGGCAGAGCUGCCCAGAACAGCGAUGCCGUCAAGAUGGAGAUGGACUCCCAACUAAACGACGGGUUCAGAAAUGGCAAGAAGGCAGCUGUGGUGCAUCGGUUCGAGUCACUCCCUGCAGGCUCCACCCUGAUCUUCUACAAGUACUGCGACCACGAGAAUGCGGCCUUCAAGGAGGUGGCCCUGGUGCUGACGGUCCUGCUGGAGGAGGAGGAGACCCUGGGGACUAGCCCAGACCUAAAGGAGAUUGAGGAGAAAGUGAGGGAUUUCCUCAAGGUCAAGUUCACUAAAUCAGACACCCCCAACUCCUACAAUCGCAUGGACUCCGACAAACUGAGCGGGCUGUGGAGUCGCAUCUCCCACCUGGUGCUGCCGGUCCAGCCUGAAAAUGCUCUGAAGAGAGGGUCCUGUUUAUAAGACGCAGGAGGAAUGGCAAGCGAGAUUCGGGUUUGAAAACAUUUCACAUCCUCUGACCUGAGGCAAAAGUCAGUGCUUAUUGUGCACGAACUAUUUUUCUUUCUACAGAAAUGAAAGUUCUAGUUAAUGUAAGCACGGGACAUUCAUCCCCUAAAUCACUUACUCAUGGUCUGUGGGUGAGAGAAGAUCUUUCCUCUGUGAUUGCUUUCCAGAUUUGCGGUUAUUGCUGUCCAGAACCAGGUUGUUUUGGGAGCGUGAGUUGCGGGCGAAACAACCUUUUUGAAUUCUAGGGCAGAAUUAUUAUUGGUUUGACUGUGGUACUAGAAACAGACUUUUAAAAAUCCACAACAGAGUUAUUUUGGGAGUGUGGGUAUUGGACAAUACAGUCUUUUUGAAUUCUAAAGGAGAAUCAUUAUUGGUUUGCGUGUGAUAUUAGAAACAGACUUUUUUCCAUCAUCCUCCAACUUUCUAGUUUAGGUAUCUCUUCCAAGGCUUACUAAUUUGUAAAAUGGUGUGGAAGGAACACUCCCUUACCCCAAAUAUCUAAGCGUGUUUUAUCGCUUGCCCUUCCUGUCACAAUGUGAGUCUCAGUUCCCUGUCUACUUUUUUUAGUAUACCAGAAAUACGGAAACCUCCUAAUUUAAGGGAGUCAUGCACGAGGUAAGAUAUUCCAAUAAGCCAUUGACACCUAGAUGAGCUCUUAGUAUUUAGAAAGCCCAUGUUCCCUCCGUGAGUGAAAUGUUUGCUUAAGACAUUUAGUCUCAAAAAAUAUCUUUUCACAGAAAUAAUUUCUGAUCCCGCAUUAAGGUUUUGUAGAACACCCCUUGGCUGAUCAGUCUAAACAAACUUCCUUCUCCAUUCCCUACCUUCCCCAAAAGUUGGGUAAGACUGUGUCAGAUAUUAGGGCAAGUUCUAGGACUUCAAAUGUAAACAAAAGCAGAUUUUUGCAUAAGGAAACCCUUUGUUUACCUGGUGUUGUGGUUCUGAAAGAGAAAUUGACAUAUCUGUAAUCCUUUUCCUUCUAAAUCCUCUAAUGAAGCUUUGUGAAGUCAUUUAGAGAUUUGCUAUGCACAAGUUAAACUUCUUUCUGAGUGCCUCAUGCCAAAAAAGUAAAUUUUAUCGAAGUUGAAUUUAAGAAGUGUAUUAGUAUACUUAGAUGCAAAAUCCAAUAGAAAUAUAUAUAUUAUAUACAUAUACAGCACUUCUGUCUCUCAAGUCCUGUUUCUUAAUUCUUGUAAAUGGGAGCCAUGUAGAUUUUUCUGUGUUCAUAGAACUAGAAAGGUCCUUGUCCCUUUAGUAAAUGAAAUAGUUCUUGCCAAAGUACCAGAAAUAGCUUCAUCUUUUUAUCUGAUGUUCUUCUAAUAGUGGAGAAUAGUUUGGUUCCUCCAUGUUGAAACAACCCAUAUCCAUAAAUGAUCCUCCCCAAUUAAACAUGUUUUCCAGGAUUAAAAGUCAAGAUCAUUAAAUCAUUUUACGCAGAUGACCAAAACAGCUGAAUGAUAAAACUGCUUUUAUUUUAUACUUACGAAACAUUGGGUGGAGAAGUAAAUAUGUCUAUAGUAAAUAUUUCACUGACCAAACAGUUUUUAAGUGAUUAAUAUGCUAAUUACUGUACCUUUUGGAAACAAGUGAGCGAGCAAUUUGUAAAUUACUUAAAAGUAUUUUAGUAAUUUAAAUAAAAUUUACUUUCCUGGAUUUUUA